AGGAGAGGUCAUUUUAGUUUUCAGAUAAUAUGAUGGCGAAGAAAAUGUGUUACUGCAGUAAAGAUUCCACUGAAUUAUUAUUUGAUCCAUGAUCGAGAAGCACUCGGUUCUUCUCCAGUUUGUUGCUGCUGUCGGGUGAACAGGUGAUGUCAGCAGCAGGUCAGUCUGUGAUUGGAGCAGUAAAACUCAUCCUACAUUAAAUUAAAUGUUAUGCUAAUGUAGAUGCACUCAUGUGACAUAAACUGUGAAGUCCACUCUAAACUGUAUUUAUGGCUUAGAGCCAGGAUUUUUAAGUUUUGUAUCUCUGUGUUCCCCCCGCUGACCUGAGCAGGUGGUACGUUCCACUCAGACACACCUGACGGGAUCAAACCACCAACACACAUGCCACACAGCUCCACUUUAUUUAACCUUCACCUAGUUUUAUUGAUCUUUUCAUGGUUUCUUCAUCUUUGAAUGAAUAUUUUUGGCACUAAGUGUGAACUUUUUGAACGGACUCUGCUCGUCAGAUGGAGGGACGUCGGGGAGUUUGUUGGAAGAUUCAGGUUGAGAGGACUUUGGGUAUUGAGGCUGCAAGAUCCACCAUCAUCAAUGACAUUCAGUACACCAUGGUCAACCACGGAAUGAGCAUCGACCGGCGUCACGUCAUGCUUCUUGCUGAUCUUAUGUCCUAUAAGGACCAGACCUGCUGGGAUCUGUACAGAUGUCUUGAUGAGGGUGGGAGUGGUUUCAGUAAAGGAGAGCUGGAUCAGUCUACAAACACAUUGUUGUAACCAGUGUGGGAAAUCUUUCAGGCAGUCAAGUUAUUUGAAACGUCAUAUGCUCAUCCACACGGAAUAAAUUAGUUUUUUACUGUGAUAUUUCCUCAUGUUUGACAAAGUGGUUAUUAUCUUAACUGUGAAAUAAAAGCCCUCCUUAAACGUUAUUUAAUCUAGUCUCUUUUUCAAAAGAGGCCUGAGAACAACAGACAUUCCAAUAAACUACCCUUAGUUAGUAAAGUGAAACUAAAUCAAUCGUAUUUUUAACUAUUGUAACCAAACCUCCACUGCCAUAUUAGAACAGGAUAUGCUUUUAUUUCUAAAACAUUGCCAAUGAUUUUGACAAAUCAUUCUGUGGUUUUAUUUGAGAAAGUUGUUGCCCCAGCAUUGUCCUACAGGGGGCAGUUGUUUUAAAACUACAUUUGUCUUCCAUGUGUCACCAUUUGCUUGCAUAUUUCAUAAACAUCACAAUCACUAAUUUCCAACUCUAUACUGAUGAUAUUUUCCUGGUUUUCUUAGCUGGCUGGAGAUGAAUUUUUGCAUCCCUACCCUGAUUUUCAUUAUCGAGGCUCGCUUUUUUCCCCUAACAUUCUCCCACAACGGGAGUGUUUGACCUUUAAAGUCACGGUUUCUUCUACUGACCGGCACCUUUGUGAUUAAUCCUUGCAGCUCUACUGCAUGAUCUACUGUUUGCUUUACCCCGUUAGUCAUUCUCUACUAACACUGCAGUUUCUGCUGCUGCUGGUUUUCAACAAAUUCCAGGAGAAGAACAUACAUUACUCCCAUUCACGUCUCCCUGUGAUUUACUAUUGAUUUAGCUGAUUUAGCUUUAAAGCACAGCAUGCUCCCCUUCUGUCUUCCGUUAGGCUCUGCUAAGCCUCCUGCUGCUGAAGCUUCUUACCUGAGCAUUGGUUUGGAAAAAUAAGUAAAUAAAGUCCAAGGACUCACCUAUGUGGGCCCCUCAAAAUUUUUCAUUAUCACUCCCUGUUUUACCUCUGCUAUUUUUUUCGUCAUGUUUUUUUAAUGAUUUAUUCAGUGUUAUUGUAUAACUUUGUUUUUCAAAGCGGUGUCAAUGUUUUAAAGCUUUAUACCCAUGGGAGAUGACUUUUAAUGUGUUUUUCAUCCCACCAAACAGAGGUGGGAUAUUUGUAUGCAUUGCACUUAUCAGCCAGGAAUAGAGCUAAAGAUGAAAUAACCCAGGUUUGACUCCUCUCUCAGUAAAAAGUAUUUUUCUGUACAAACUGUCUCUUAAUGUUAAAUGAAUGCAUUUAACUUGCAUAUGAACUGUUCCAUCAGUCGCUUUGGUUUGACAUCAAACAAACAGUUUAUUGCCAUUUCAAAAUGAAUGCAUCCCUUUCCAUUUGACAAACAAAGGAAGUUUUUCUCUCAGCAAAAUAUAGGCUUUGUUAUAAUAAUAAUAAUAAUAAUAAUAAUAAUAAUAAUAAUAAUAAUAAUAAUAAUAAUAAUAAUAAUAAUAAUAAUAACAAUAAUAAUGAUCAACCCAAGAGCUGAAUAACAGGUGGAGAAGGAUUUAACAAUGCAGAAAAAUCUACAAAAAGAAACAAAAACAAAAAAACCAAGGAGGACAAGCACAAAUUCUUUGGACUUGCUUGGUAACCAACUACAGAGCAGGUGGUGGGAUAGUAGGCUGAAGCCUGGAGGCUGAAAUCACCAAAAUGUGGGCAGAAAAAAACACAUGCGCUGAAAGCUAUCCAGACCUUGCGACGUGGACAUACUUAACGUAAUUCAAAAAACUAACAAAAACAAGGAGUGAGCUAGAAUAACAGAAAUGUUAGCAUGCUAUUCUAAUGUAGCAAGCUACAGGACCGAUUCAGGGCAUUAACUUACUGUUUACAUGCUGCCAACAACAUGGACUGCACUCACAUUUUGCUGAAUGAUUUUGUGGAGGUUGAUCAGAACAAUUUGAUGCCUCAUCUCAUUUCCCAGUUUGUACGUCCGCAAUCUGAGGAGUCAAGGCAACAGGCAUUUCAUUUAAAUGAGACAUCUUUGCCCUGGAGCUGUUGUUUUAAUGUGGCAUCAGUUAAACACAACGCAGCUGCAUCAUCUGUCUAUUGUUUUGCUAUAAUAUACCCCUGUUAUACAUUCUACUAUUUUAAGAUCCCUGUCAGGAGCAGAAAAGUGUUCAUGAUAACUUACAAUACAUAAUUACUCAUAAUUCAAUUCACAAUGUGGCAACAUGUAACAAGAACGUACAGAUGAUAUCCUUUCAUUAUUUAGCAAACACUGGCGGUGAAGGAUAAAAGGCAUAACAUACAAAAGAGUACUAUACAAACAAAGAGUGACAAGUAUUCUGGUGAGAUGAGCCUAGAGCCAGAAGUAGUGUGCAUGAUAACUGUCUUCCAUUCAGUUAAGUGUUGGGUUGAAUAUGAAAAGGCUGUUGUAGGAGUAUGUUUUGUUCAGCUUAUUAAAACUCCUCUUGGUCAAACACA